AUGUUGUUUUUUAAACCACUUAUACUUGUAGUCAUCGCGACCAGAGCGCAAGCAGCGUCAUGGAUCGUUCCCGGUGCUGUCUGGACCGAUACUGCAGGCAAUAAAAUCGACGCUCACGGUGGUAACGUUGUCCAAAGAGGUGACACCUUUUUUUGGGUUGGACAGAGUGCCAGCCAAAAUGAGAAAGCAUUGAUGUACUCCUCUACGGACCUACUGAACUGGACACCACUUGGUGUUCAGAAUAGCCUUGAGUACCUUUGGAGGCCGAAGAUUGCGAAGCCGAAUGGGAGUUUUUGGGUGAUGCUCUAUACUGGAAACUUAGGUAGCGAUGGGCCACAAUUAAAGGUUUUCAUGCUAAUUCAAGGUAAACAGAUCUACGGCCAGCUAAAUAGAAAUAUCCAGUCGAUGGUCUCUACACAAAUGGUGGGAGGAUAUAAACUCAAUGGCGCUGCUGUGACGGUUCCUCCAAAUAGUUAUACAUACUCAGACACGGGCAUGUUUCAAGACUCGGACGGGACAUGGUAUAUCCUAACAUCCGCCGACCACAACAUCGUUCAAAUAAAUAAAAUCAACAGCGACGGCACCAUUGGUGCUCGAGCCUCCCAGCUUGCAGCCGGAGCCUACGAGGCCCCUGGUAUCUUAAAAGUGGGCUCAACCUACUAUCUCAUCGUCUCUGGAAAGACAGGCUGGCGUUCGAACCCUAACAAGGUCUUCACCUCCUCCUCCAUUAACGGCCCAUGGACAGGGGGUGCAGACAUUGCGCCUGAGGCCGAGAAGACUUAUAAUAGCCAAAAUACCUUUGAGUUGACGAUUGCUGGGAAUAAGGCGACGACUUAUGUUUACAUGGGCGAUAGCUGGGAUAGUAAGGGGGGUCCAAACUCUAAUCAUGUCUGGCUUCCUAUCAAAGUCGACUCUGCGAAGAAAACCUUGACGCUGGAUUACCAUGCUAUGUGGAAAGUCGACAUUAAGACUGGUGUUGUUAGUUUUCCGGCAGCUGGGAAACGCUAUGAGGCAGAGCACGCGGAGAUUAUUGGGAGGGGUGAAGCUGCGCAUUGUCGGGGUUGCCUCAGUAAGAGGGCGGUGUAUAAGAUUGAUGGGAAUAGCGAGGUUGUGUUUCGAAAUGUUACCGGCAAUGGGAGAAAGCAGUGGGUUUCCUUUCACUACGAGGUGAACAGUCGCGAAGCUGGCGAGGCACACAUCUUCAUCAACAGUGAAUCCGUCCCAACGAAUAUCUCAAGCUUGAAUUCAAGGGCUGGAUAUCAUAAGACAGUACCCGUUAUGGUGAGCUUGGACAGGGGAAAUCAGAAUGCAGUGAGAUUUGGUGCGAAUGGUGGGAAAGAUUUUAAAGUUACGAUUGAGGGAAUUGAGGUUUUCGAUGAUGACGAAGAGUUGUAG